AUGCUGCAAAAGGUCGAUGCCGCGUUUGGUAUCUAUGACGAGCUCUCGACCGAAAGCAUGUUCCUACAGUCGGGGGUGAUCGACAAGGUAAACCGUUUUUUUCAGGCCGACGCGCCAGGCCAAAUCUUCUUUGAACAUCGUCUGGGCCCGGCCCCGAAUGCCGACCUUUCUCCUGCCACCACCUUAGAGGGUUCGGAAACGCAUGGUACUCGCCGUGUCAGCGCCAUCCGCGCAAGACGUGGCAGUGUGGGCGCGCGCCGGUUUUCGGGCCUCGGCAUGAUACCCUCCUCUGCAACAGUCGAGGGUUCCAAUUUUGGCACCGAACCCGAAGACGCCGGUGCUCCAGAUUCUGCCGUAGGCGGUGCGAACGGGGUCGGAGAUGGAGGUGAGACGGGUGGCGGGGUUUCGGUAAAGGAGGCGUCCGGGCAUCUCUACGCCGGGUUUGGGGAGGGGCUCACAACAAGGUCGCCCGUGGUGUACUUCGUGAAGAUGAGGCACACGGGCGCGGACGAGUGCGCGGCGCCCAUCGACCCGUACAAGGUCGACGACGGCGCCCUCACGUUUGGCGUGGUGUCCCAUCCGCUCCGGGCGUUGGAGAGCAUGGUGAGGACGGUGUACCGGCCAACGCUGGAGGGGCAGGACAGCAGGCUCUGGGGCAAGGCUACGCCGGACCUGGUGCACGAGUUCAUGGUCGGUUUGGACGGUUUCGUCGACAACCUGCAGCAAACGAUCAAAAACCUGGGUGGCGGGCUGGAGCUGAGAAAGCCGGACGCGCUCCACGAGGGUGAAACGGGCGGGGUUAGCGGGGGCGGGGCGGGGGCAAAGGCGGCGGCGAGGGAUCCGGAGGUGGUAUCGCACUACGUGGAGCUGCUGGAGGAGUGGUGCUCCAAGAUACGCUUGUGCUUGGACGACAGCGACCGCGCCAGCUCCGAGAAGGUAAACUCGGGGCCCGACACGGAACUGGACUAUUGGAGACGACGGGCCCAGCGACUCACCAGCAUCACGGAGCAGCUCAAGACCAAAGCUUGCAAGGUGGUCAUCGGUGUGCUGCAGCAGGUGACAAAACAGGCAGAAGACGUGCUGAUCGAUCGGCAGAAGGUCUUCACCUUGGUAAAGCAGUGGCGAAAGAUCGACGUCGACAUCACAGAAGCCGCGAACGAGGCGAAGGACAACGUUAAAUAUCUCGCUACUCUUGAGCGUUUUUUGGAACCCUUGGCUAGCGGAGACCUCGACCAGAUUCUCGAAAUCCUGCCGGGGCUGAUGAACGCGGUUAAAAUGGUGCACACGAUUGCCAGGUACUUCAACACGACCGCGCGAAUGACAAAACUCUUCAUGAAAAUCACAAACCAGCUCAUCGAGAGUUGCAAAGACGCUAUCAACGGCAAGGAAGCCCCGGAGAAAAUAUGGGACCAAGACCCAGGACCGUUACUAGAGCUUCUAGAGCAAACUCUCAGGCUCAACGAGCGCUACCAGGAGCUGUAUCAGAGCACGAAGGACCGCCUUCUGGCCAUGCCGAAGGGAAAGCAGUUUGACUUUAGCGAGGCACAGAUCUUCGGGAGGUUCGACUUGUUCUCAAGACGGGCGAUCAAGCUGAUCGACCUGUUCAGUACAAUCCAGCAGUUCAAGAAAUUGCAGGAGGCCCGCAUUGAAGGAAUGGAGCCGCUUCUCGACGGAUUCAAAACGGCCGUCAUGGUUUUCCGCGUGAAGGGGCACAACCUUCUGGACUACCACAGCAACCGUUUCGACCGAGACUUUGUCGAGUUCAACGUUCGAGUGGGCGAGCUGGAAGAGCAGCUGAGGGUUUUCAUCAACAGAUCGUUCGAAAGCCUGACCUCCAUCCAGCAAUCCCUGGCUCUCCUGGAGAAAUACCAAACUGUGUUGCACAGGGAAGCUAUGCGUCACGACCUUAACUCGAAGGUGAUGGUGGUUUUCCACAACUACGGACAGGAGCUUGUGGCCGUCCAAGACGCCUACGAGCGCUACAAGAACUUUCCACCCACCGCCCGAAACAUGCCCCCGGUGGCCGGGAACAUCCAUUGGUCGAGGCAUCUCCUGAGGCGCAUAGAGGACCCCAUGGAACGCUUCCACGCUUACCCUGGGGUGCUGAACACGAAGGAUUCUCGGAAGCUGAUCAAGACGUACAACAAGGUUGCGCGCACGCUCGUGGCGUUCGAGUACAUGUGGUACGAGGCUUGGUGCAGAGCCGUAGAAGCGGCCAGGGGCGGGCUCACGGCGACUCUCAUCAUCAGGCACCCCAAGACUGGGCGCCUGUACGUCAACUUCGACCCUGAGAUCCUGCAGCUUAUCAGGGAAGCGAAGUGCCUCGUCCGGAUGGGCGUCAGCAUUCCCGAGGGCGCGAAGAUGGUCCUGCUUCAGGAGGACCGUUUCAAGAACAACUACAACCACCUCAAGCAUGCCCUGCGGGAGUACGAACGGGUCGUCAAAUCCAUCGCCCCGGUGAUGAGACACCUGUUGAAUCCCCACGUGCAGGCCUUGGAGGCGCGCGUGCGGCCGGGCUGGAUGGUGCUGACGUGGACGUCGAUGAACAUCGAGGGGUACCGAGAGUCGGUGCAUGAGGGGCUGAGGAGGCUAGAAGAGCUAAUCGCUAAGGUCAACGAUAUCGUGGAAAAUAGAAUAGAGAAUAACCUCAAGAUUAUCAGCAGAGCCAUGCUGGUUGAUCUACCCGUGGACCGAGCCGUGACGCUGGAGGACUUCGUAUCAAUGCAAGAAGAGUGCGUAAAGACCGUCACCGAUAAGCUCGUCGAGAAGAACAGGGAGGUGGAGACGGCUGUGGAGGAUCUCAUCACCGUUGCGGAGGAUAGGGGAACGUCAUCUACGGACGAAGAAGCGUUGUCUGAGCCGGCGGCGGAGCUGAGGAAGCACUACAAUGGGCUCAUGUACAGGGCCGUGCUGGCUUGCACGAAAACCAGCCUCAACAUAAUCAAGACGAGGGCACAUGCAAACGUAACACCCGUGGCAACAAGCAGAACUGCAUCACCCCGAUCCUCCAACGCACAUGCAUUUGUGGCAAAUCAGUUGUCGACGUUGUGUCUACCCAACCAAAAGGCGUUCAGACUUGUAGAGCGGACCCCAAGAAACGGCAGCGACACCGGCGAAAAGAGUGUCGCCUUCUUCGAGCUCGACGUCCAGCUCAGCGUCCCCAGCGUAAGCCUCCGUCCUACCCUGGAGGACGUGCAGGCAAGCAUCAACAAGGCCGCGGUGAGCGUAUUGGGGUGCUCUAAGCGCAUGUAUGACUGGGGGGAGGCCGGCGUCGCGGAGUCGGACAGGUUUUCUUUCUUCGAGGCCCUCGGCAGCGACCUGGAGAUCAUCAAGACGCUGCUCCUUCUCACAGGAGCGUCCUACGGCGCGGCUCUUCAGGUGGGCGAGACCCUUCGGGUGUUCGAGUAUUUGCGUGGGUUCCGCAAGUACGACUGGCUAUGGAAGGAGGAUAAAGACGUGCAGUACAAGAGGUUUGUCGCGUCCCACCCGGCCAUCGGUGACUACGAGGCAGAGCUCGCCAAGUUUCUGGACAUCGAGAGCGAGAUUGAGGCGGUUCCCACCUUCCACAACGUUGGAGCUCUGACCCUGAACACGACAAACCUGAAGCUUCAGCUCGGCAGCGAGUCUCGCCAGUGGAAGAUUCAAUAUUCCAACAAGGUACACAAGCAAGCGCGGGACAGCAUGGCGGCUCUAAUGGACUACAUCCGGGUCACGACGACGCGCCUUAACGUGGAGGUGGAUAGCCUCGACUCGCUCAGAUAUGUCAUGGUCGUCUUAAAGGAGGUUCGCGAGCGAGAGUCAAGCAUCGAAAUGGAGAUCACGCCCAUCUUGGACAUGUACCAGAUGCUAGAGCACUACCUCCCCGGAGGACUGGUGGACAAGGAGUUGAAGGAGGACGUGCGCAAGUUCCGUAGAGAAUGGGAGACGUCAGGGCCGAUGGUACAAGGAAUUUCGCCUCUGGAGGCGGUGGAGAGGUUGAGGAGGUUCAAGGAGGAGAUGCAGCUUCGAGAGCGGACGGCCGAGAUGUACACUGCCGGGGAGGAGCUGUUCGCCCUCAAGAUCACAGCACACCCAGACCUCGUCAAGAUAAAGAAGGAGUCGUCCCUGUUGGACCAGCUGUAUGGUCUUUACAUGGACGUUCUCCAAACGCUAGAAAGGAAGAUGCCCAAGAAGCUUCGGGAAUGGGAAGCGUUUCAGGUAUUGUUGCGCAAGAUAACCGACUUUCAGGAGGUCCUUCCAAUAAUCGAGAACCUACGGAAGCCGAGUGUCAAGCCGCGGCAUUGGCAAGAGGUGAUGGACAUCACCAAGACCAACUUCCCUUACGAAAGCGAGAACUUCAGCCUCGCGAACAUCAUGGACAGCCCCAUCCUGCAGUUCAAGGACGAUAUCGAGGAGGCAUAUGGCGUCAUUAUCGAGGAGCUGGAAGACGCCCAGCUGCAGCUGCAGACUUUGCUAUCCAUGCGCCACGUGACACCUUUCAGAGAGAUUGUCCAGAACAAGCUGAACGAUCUGAGCAACGCAACGGACAGCCUGGAGCUUUGGGUCAAGGUGCAGCUGCUGUGGACAAGCCUAGAGUCCGUGUUCAUGGGUGGGGAUAUCGCCAAGCAGAUGCCGAUCGAGGCCAAGAAGUUUGUGAAGAUCGACAAGGAUUGGGCCAAGACCAUGAUAAAAGCGGAAGAAACGGAGAAAGUGAUCAUGUGCUGCGCCAGCGAGACCCUGUGUACGACGCUUCCGGUGCUGUUUCUCGAGCUUGAAAAGUGCCAGAAGAGUCUGGAGGGGUACCUGGAGCAGAAGCGGUCGAGGUUCCCCCGCUUCUACUUCGUGUCUAACCCUGUGCUGCUACUGGUGCUCAGCCAGGGGUCAGACCCAGUGCAGAUGCAGCCGUACUACGAGAAGGUGUUCGACAGCAUCAGCCAGGUCUUGCACGACAAGAAGGAGAAAUCGUCCAUCAUCAGCAUGGUCAAUAUUGCCGGGUCAGAUGAGGAAACAAUAUCUUUUUCCAAACCCGUCAAGGCCACGGGCAACAUCGAGGACUGGUUAGGAGCGCUCGAGAAGGGGAUGCAGUGUCAAGAGGCCCUGGACAAGUGCCGCACCAACAAAAGCAUCAUGAGCGAGACCAACCGCGGCCAGCUUGGGGUUCUGCAAGAGAUGAGCUCCUGGUGCCUGCAGGACCUCGGCACCAAGAUGAACAGGACCAAGAUCGAGACUCUUGUCACAAUUCAGGUGCACCAGCGCGACGUUUUCAUGGACUUGACCCGGCUCUACAAGGAGCGCAAGAUACACAGCUCUAUGGAUUUCGAGUGGCUCAAACAGGCUCGUUUUUACUGGAGGCCGGGCGAGGACGACGCCCACGGCGCUGGCAGCUGCGCCAUCUCCAUCUGCGACGUCGACUUUAAGUACCGGUUCGAGUACCUGGGGUGCAAGGAACGACUGGUGAUCACUCCUCUCACGGACCGGUGCUACAUCACGCUUUCCCAAGCGCUGGGGAUGUUUCUGGGGGGUGCACCCGCGGGCCCUGCCGGAACGGGGAAAACUGAAACCGUCAAAGAUUUGGGAAGGUCGCUGGGAAACUUCGUGGUGGGUUUCCCGAAUAGUUUGGUGCCCAUUGUCGUAACCAAUUGUACAGACCAGCAGAGAUACACCGACAUGGCCAAGAUAUUCAAAGGACUGUGCCAGGCCGGGCUGUGGGGCUGCUUCGACGAGUUUAACCGGAUCGAGUUGCCUGUGCUAUCUGUAGUCGCACAGCAGUUUAUCUCUGUAUUGAAACAUGCUCUGGCCAUCACGAAGGUGCUGGCCAUCACGAACGCGAAGCGUGUAGGUGCGAAGGAAUUCGUCUUUCCGGGCGACAGCCAGGUCAUCGGGCUCAAGCGGGACGUGGCCUAUUUCAUCACCAUGAACCCGGGCUACCAGGGCCGGCAGGAGCUCCCCGAAAACCUGAAGGUCCUUUUCCGGUCGGUGGCGAUGAUGGUACCCGACCGAGAGAUCAUCAUGAAGGUCAAGCUUUGCUCGGUGGGGUACCAGGGCUUCUCCGACCUUGCUCGCAAGUUCAACGUGCUGUACGCCCUGUGCGAGCAGCAGCUGUCCAAGCAAAAGCACUACGACUUUGGCCUGAGGAACAUUCUCAGCGUUCUCAGGACGGCCGGGAAGACGAAGCGGGACAACCUCGACGAGAACGAGGAUCUCUUGCUCAUGAAGACCCUGAGGGACAUGAACCUCUCCAAGCUUAUCGCUCAGGAUGUGCCCCUCUUCCUCAGCCUGCUCGGAGACUUGUUCCCGGCCGUUGUUGCGGGGACGUCGGGGGACGCUCACGCAGAGAGUGCUCUGACGAAGACGACGGGGGUGCAGCACAAGCCUAUCCGCAUGAACCCCAAGGCCAUCCGCGCCGAAGAGAUGUUCGGGGAGACCAACAAGGCCUCCGGGGAAUGGGUGGACGGCGUCUUCGCCGCGAUGUGGAGCAAGUUCAACGAUCGCAAUAGGAAAGAUAUGCAGUGGAUCAUCUGCGACGGGCCAGUGGACGCCAUCUGGAUCGAAAACCUCAACACCGUCCUCGACGACAACAAAAUCCUCACUCUGGCCAACGGCGACAGAAUUCCAAUGACCGACAACGUCAAGCUCAUCUUCGAGGUGGAAGAUCUCCGAAACGCGUCUCCGGCGACGGUUUCGCGCGCCGGUAUCAUAUACGUCUCUGACAGCGAUCUCGACUGGAAGCCAGUGAUGGAGAGUCGCCUCAAGAAGCUCCCGCCGGGGAGGGGGGACAUCCUGCGAGAGUUUUUCAGGAAGUACGUGGGAGAGUGCCUGGGCCCGAAAGAGCCUGGACACCUGUUCGACUUCAUCACGAGAACAUGCCGCCCUGUGAUGAACUGCACCCGCGUCGGUCAGAUCGAGGCCACCAUUCGUCUUCUUUCGGAGAUGCUCGAGUCGUCGGACAUGAGCCAAAGCCCCGAGGACGCCCGGGAUGAGCUAGAGCGGCUCUUUCUCUUCAGCGUGUCGUGGGCGCUGGGUGGCUUGCUGGAACCCGACGAGCGCGUCAAGUUUGACCAGUACCUUCAGCAGUUGUGCCCUGAGAACAUGCCCUCCUCUGGGGGGGCUGCGGCAGCCGCCGCGGCCGCUGCGAACGAUGGCGACAGUGUUUCUGGGAACUCGACCACCUUCGCCUCGUCGGGAUUGACUAUCUUUGACUACUCCGUCAACCUGGACACCAUGGCGUGGGAGCCGUGGGUGGUCCCGGCGUGGGAGUACCCCAAGGUCCCCGCCGAGGUUGACUUCCAGAGGCUGCUUGUGCCUACCGUCGACUCAACGCGCGCCCUGGCUAUCAUCAAACACCUCCAGAAACAACGCCAUCCGGUCCUCAUGGUGGGGGGGAGCGGCACAGCGAAGACGACGACGGCGCUGAUGUACUUCGACUCGCUCACGAACGACUCCAUGAUGGUGAAGAGGAUCAACUUCUCCUCGGCCACCACGGCGGGAAUGUUCCAGUCUACCAUCGAGGGGGAGCUCGACAAGAGGGGGGGCAAGAACUUCGGCCCUCCGUCCGGGUGCGGGAUGACGGUGUUCCUGGACGAUGUCAGCAUGCCGGAGGUUAACGAGUGGGACGACCAGCCGACACUGGAAGUUGUUCGUCAGCUGGUGGAAACGGGCGGUUUCUGCUUUCUCGACAAAGACAAACGCGGUGACCUCAAGGUCAUCGAAGAUCUGCAGUACGUGGGCGCGAUGAAUCACCCCGGUGCCGGCAAGAACGACAUUCCAAACCGCCUCAAGCGUCACUUCUUCAUCUUCAACAUGAUCGUGCCCCCCGAGGAGAGCAUAAACGCCAUUUACGGCCAGAUGGGGCUCCUUCGCGCGCCUAAGGACAGCAUACCGACAGAGGUUUGCCUGAUGAAACUUUGGAGGCACGAGUGCUGUCGGGUCUUUGCGGACAAGCUAACCACCAUCGAGGAUAAAGAAGCGUUCCAGAACGAGCUGGAUCACCAGACGGCGCUGCUGGGGCGCGCAGUGCUGGAAAUUCCGGAGGGACGACUGCUUACGUACGAGAUGGUGACCGGCGAGAGCCCUGGAGAAGACGAGGUGUCUCCUCCCACCGACGACAAUUCCCUUCAGAAAGCGAUCACGCAGGAGACAUUCUUCGUGGAUUUCUUGAGGACCAAUGAAUACGACGAGGACGGGGUCCUCAUCCAGGCAGCACCGAAGGUGUACGAAGAGGGCCCGAGCUUGGUCAACUUGAGAGCCAUAGUCCAGGGCUUUGCGGAACAGUACAACUUGGACUUUCCCGCGAAUAGGAUGGACCUGGUCCUUUUCGACGACGCGCUCAGGCACCUCAUCACUGUUUCGCGAAUCCUGGGGAUGCCUCGCGGCAACAUGCUGUUCGUCGGCGUAGGGGGCUCCGGGAAGAAAAGCCUGACGCGCCUCGCCAGCUACAUCGCCGGGAACUUCACCUUCCAGAUUACCAUCACGAAGGCGUACAACCUGAACUCUUUCAUGGACGACAUGAGGUGUUUGUACAAGAAGUGCGGCCAGGAGGGGAAAAACGCGACGUUCGUUCUGACCGAGGCGGAGAUGAAGGACGAAACGUUUCUGGAGAUCAUGAACAGCUUCCUCAUGACGGGAGAAGUGCCGAAUCUAUUCCCCAAGGCGUGUCGAUUUGAAGGACGCUAUUGCUUCCAAUUGAAACGUGAUGAGUUGCACAUGAUGGCGGCCGAAAUUCGACCUUUCGCGAUCAGCACCAGGCCAGACUUUGUCGAUACCCCCGAGAAUCUGGCGCGUUGUUUCGUGGACAGGGUCCGCGCGAACUUGCAUUGCGUCAUUUGCAUGUCCCCGGUCAGCGUAAAGUUUCCUGAGCGUGCCCGAAAGUUCCCGGGACUGGUGAACGGGUGCACCAUCAACUGGUUCCUGUCGUGGCCCGCCGAGGCCCUUGUAGCGGUUUCUGACGGUUACAUCGGGAACGCGCCCAUCGAAUGCUCUGCGGAGGUACACAAGGAGCUCGUGACACACAUGGGCAUGGUUCACCGCAUGGUUGUGGAGUCCUGCGCCGACUACUUCGUCCAGAUGAGGCGGAGGGUCUACCAGACGCCCCGCUCCUUCCUGUCCUUCCUCGGGUCCUACAAGGACCUCUACCUCACGAAGAAGGAGCAGGUGGACGUGAAAAGCAAGCGGGUGAUUGUCGGGCUCGACAAGCUCAAGAAGGGCGCAUCAGACGUGGAGCUCAUGAAGGUGCAGCUGAAGGAAGAGGAGGUCAAGCUUAAGGAGGCCGACCUCGCGACCACAAAGAUGCUCAGCAAGUUGGAGGUGAGCUCGAUGGCAGCGAAGAAAGAAGCCGAUGCCGUGGCUGUCAUCAAGGAGGCAUGCAUGGCCGACGCUCGGCGCAUCGCUGGCGAGAAAGAGGACGCUGAGGAAGACCUCGCCCAGGCCAAGCCGUUCUUGGAGGAGGCCGAGCGCGCUGUUGAAUCUAUCAAGGCGGGCGACCUGAACGAGCUGAAGAAGCUUCAAAAGCCAUCAGAUAUCAUCAAGCUCAUCUUCGACUGCGUUGGGCUGCUCAAAAUGGAGAAGGUUCAGCCGGUACAGGUGGAUGAGGUCACCAUCGGGAUCGGAAAGGAGAAGCAAACGCUACCCUUUCUCAAGGUUGUGAAGCCCAAGCUCGAAGCGCUUCGAAUAGCAGAAGUCAAGCUCCAGGACGCGCAAAAGGAGCUGGAGGAGGCUGAAUCUAAGCUGCAGAACUGCCAGGAUGUGCUGACCAAACUCCAAACCAAGUUCGAAACCCAGAUGGCGAAAAAGAGAGCUAUCGAGGAAAACGCCGCUCGUACAAGGAGUAGAAUGGAACAGGCCACCGCCCUGAUCGUUGGGCUUGGGGGGGAGCGUACCCGCUGGACAGAAGACAGCCGGAAGUUUGCCGACACCAAGCGGAGGCUAGUGGGCGACGUCGCCCUCUCCUGCGCGUUUGUGGGGUACUGCGGUCCUUUCAACCAAGAGUUCCGAGACCACUUGGUCAAGACAAGAUUUUCUGACGAUCUGGUGACCCGGGGCAUCCCGCUGACGAAAGGGCUGGACCUCACAUCGUUCUUGGUGGACAUGGGCACCAUCGGAGACUGGAACCUAGACGGACUCCCCACAGACCCCCUUUCGAUCCAAAACGGAAUAUUGGGGCAGGCACUGAACUGGAUCCGCCGGCACGAGAAGGACAGGUUGCCGGUCUCCGGGGUGACGUCGUUCUCUAGCGACAAGCUCAGGGACACGCUCGAGUACUGCAUGAUGGAGGGCAAGGCGCUAAUCAUUGCAGGAGUUGAGGAAGACAUUGACCCAAUGCUCACGCCGGUUCUCGAAAAACAGGUGCCCCGGGGGAAGAUUGUCGUCAAGGCUCGGAGCAAGUAUAUCAACGUGGCCGACAAGAUGUGCGAGUUUAGUGAUUCUUUUAUGCUCUACAUGACCACCCGGCUGCCAAAUCCGCAUCUAAGCCCCGAGAACCAAGCGAAGACGACUGUGGUGGACUUCACCGUGACGCAAAAGGGCCUCGAAGAACAGCUCCUUGGAGGCGUCAUCCAAAAGGAACAGAAGAGCCUUGAGGAACAACUCAAGAACGUUCUUGAAGAAGUUACGAACAACACGAAGUCUCUGAUGGCCCUGGACCAGCUGCUGCUCGAGCGGCUCAGCGCCAACACCGGCAACCUUCUUGAUGACGAAGAACUCAUUGGCGCUCUCGCGGAAACGAAGAAGAAGGCCGUCCAAGUGCGAGACAAGCUCGUCGCAGCCGGAGAGAUGCGCGAGGGCAUCGACGAGAAGCGAGAGCAGUACCGCCCGGUCGCCACCCGCGGUGCAGUCAUGUACUUCACCAUCGUGGACCUCAGCCUCGUAAACGUUAUGUACCAGACUAGCCUGGACCAGUUUCAGACGCUCUUUACCAGGGCCAUGGAUGUGGCGGACAAGGCAUCCCUAGCGUCCAAGAGGGUGUGGAACAUCAUCGAGACCAUGACGUUCAACGUCUACAGAUACAUUUCCAGAGGCCUGUACGAGCAGGACAAGCUGAGCUUCAAGCUAAUCUUGGCGCUCAAGAUUCUGCUGACGGCGCGCCGGCUGGAUCAGUCGGACGUGACCCUUUUCAUCAAGGGAGGCGCCGCCCUCGACCUCAGUUCCAUCAAGCCGAAACCGCACCUGUGGCUGGCGGACCCGGCGUGGCUCAAUGCCGUCCAGCUCAGCAGAGACAACGUGAUGUUCAAGGCGAGAUACCGCACGGGGGCGGCGUGGAAGCUGUGGUACGCCGAGAAUGAGCCGGAGGAGAUCCCGGUCCCGUGCUUCGAGGGCCGGUUGGCUGCCGAUCCCUCGGUCGGCGCGUUCUAUCGACUUCUUCUCGUCAGGUAUCUUAAUGAAGAGUUUGAGACCAUUUGGCUCACCGACACCGUCGAGCACGCAGGAUCUCGUUUGCCUGCGAUGGGACCUCGCUUUGCGGAGCCCCUGACUGAUACGGUGGAGUCUGUGUACAACGAGAUGGACUGCUCGACCCCAGUGAUCUAUCUUCUGAGUGCCGGCGCCGACCCAACGGACUCUAUCGAGGGGUUGGCGAGGAAGAAGAAGACGGACGUCGCAUGCGUUAGCAUGGGAGAGAACUGUCACCUGGGCCUGGACUACAUGGAGACCAUGGAAGAUUACCUCCAGGUAGGGGAGGUGCAAUACGGUGGAAAGAUCACCGAUGAUCUCGACCGUCGAUUGUUCAAAGCCUACACGGAGACUUGGAUGGGUGCCCCCGCACUCUCGGCAAGCUUCUGCUUCAACCCUGGGGUUCCCAUGCAGGGAGGGCCGCAGUUCAAGGCGAACCGACAGGAGUCUGCAGAAGUGGAGGACUACAUCGCUUUCAUCCAGACGUUCCCAGGGAUUGAUGGCCCGGAGGUGUUCGGCCUACACCCCAACGCCGACCUGACCUUCCGAAACAAGGAAGGCCAGCAACUCCUGGUGACCCUGAUGGAGACACAGCCGAAACAGGCUACAGGGGGUUCUGGGCGUUCACGGGAGGACAUGGAAGUACAACGGCUCCAGCUUGUCAUCAUCAACGUAGGAGGUAUGCUAAAGACCCUUCUUCAAGCAAUUCGGGGCGAGGUCGUCGUAACCGAAGACCUGAUGUCGGCCAUCAACGCCGUCUACGACGCGCGAGUUCCGCGGCAGUGGGUCUUCAGCUACGGCGGUGACGAGAUCUCAUGGAUGUCCGCGUCCCUCGGGCUCUGGUUCUCGAGCUUCACCGCACGGAACGAGCAGCUGGCGACCUGGCUCACUGGGGGGAGGCCGCCUUGCUUCUGGCUGACGGGGUUCUUCAAUCCCCAGGUGAAGUACCAGGUAGCAGUUAGGGACCCAAAAGUCGAAGGAUAG